UGGGUCACGUGGGUGUGCAGCCGUCAGCAGUGCUUCCGGGUCUGGUUCGGGAGGCAGAGGAGGCUCGGCAGAACCAGAGGAUCGAGAGAACCAGCAGAACCAGCAUGUCCUCUCAGCGGAGAACCCUGAUCAUCACAGAUGAUGAGGAGGUGGAGGCCGAGGAGCUCAACCCGUUCUCCUUCAAAGAGUUUCUACGAUGGAAAAACCAGGACCCAGACCGGGACCCAGACCAGGAUCCAGACCAGCAGCAGACACAUGGGAAGAGGCUUGUUAGGAACCUGACUUUUGACCCUGAGGUCAGCAGCUGUUUAUUGUCUGAGCACUCCCUGGCGCUGCAGGAGGAUGAAGAGGAGUGGGGGCGGAGCUUCCAGUCAGGUGUGGACAGCACGUCGUCUCUGUGCACGGAGGAAGAUGAGGACGAGGAGGAGACCAGGUUUUCCUCCAAACCUGAAGAUCCAGCAGCAGGAGAGAACUACGAAGGAGACGAUGAGACGUCCAUGGCUGAACCAGGCAGCUCCUGCAGGAGGAGGAGUGGGCGGAGCAGCCAGGUAGCCCAGCUGCAGGAGGAGAACAUGUCGCUGAGGAGAACCCUCAGGGAGCUGCAGAGAAGAGCCGAGGCCAGCCAGCGCAGGGCGGUGGAACUGUCAGAGGAGCUGUUGCUGAGGAGGCAUCAGGAGGAGAAGGAGGCCCAGGACCUGGAGAGCAUGGUCCACUCUGUGGAGAAGAACCUGGACCUGAUGACGAGACGAGCAGUGAACGCAGAAAACACCGUUUCUAGACUGAAGUCAGAGCUGCAGCAGCAACAGGUGGAGGUGGAGUCUCUGCGCUCAGAGAACAACAUUCUGAAGGCAGCAGAGUCUCAGGUCGUCAUGACGAUGAGACAAAACGCACAGGUGGCCUCUGACUACCUGAACAAGACCGCAAGCCACGCCCACUCCUCCAUCCGGUCAGUACCUGCACACAGACAGACAGGUAGACACACAGACAGUCAGCUGAUGGGGGAGGCGGAGUCUCUCCGGUUGGUGUCUCACCUGCUUCAGUCCAUUGAUAAGAUCUCCUCUGUGGACACCGAGUCCUGAAGCUGAGGACGUCUGUCCAUCACCUGAAUGCUCUCUGUCUGGUUGUCAUGGCAACAGCUUCGAACAUUUACCUGUGAGGUCAGCAGGUGUCAGUCUGACAUCACAGCUGCUGAUUGGCUGUGUUGCUGCUCCAGUCCCAUGAAAUCUGAAAAAACGAGGACGUAAAGUUCCACAGACUGGAGGAGUGAGAGAGUGGAGGCGUGAGCAGAGAGCUGCUGUGAUGUUUCGGCUUCACGGAGUUGAUCUGAGUCCUGAAGACUUUAAAUAAACAGUGAACAGGAA